UAACAGUGAGAGAAAAGCUAGCUACUCCUCGAUCAAAACGCCGGUUUGGCAGGAGUGGUAUUGAGCAUCACCACGCACGCACCUUCUCUAUAAAUUGAGUCCAUUGGUGGUGAGUGUUCAGACUUCAGAGUGCCCCAUUCAAGAGACAAAAAGCUUCAGUUCAGAGAGCUAUCCUUUCCUUUCUUCCCCCUAUAUAUCCAAGAGCCAAAGAAGUUUAGAACUCUGAAGCCAUGGAACGUCAAGCCGGAUUCAAUCACUACCCCAACAAGCUCCCAAGAACAACAACAACCUCUGACUUGGUCAUCCAGUCAAGGAAUGAAUCCACCACCCCGGCUGCCGGCAUCAACAACAAUAACUCAGUUGGGCAACAACAAGACCCCCAACCACCACAGUGCGUGAUUCGCGAGCAAGACCAAUACAUGCCUAUUGCUAAUGUGAUCCGGAUCAUGCGUCGGAUACUCCCUCCCCAUGCAAAGAUCUCCGACGAUGCUAAGGAGACUGUCCAGGAGUGUGUUUCAGAGUAUAUUAGCUUUAUUACGGGAGAAGCUAAUGAACGUUGCCACCGCGAGCAACGUAAGACGAUCACUGCUGAGGAUGUGAUUUGGGCCAUGGGAAAAUUGGGCUUCGAUAACUAUGUCGAGCCUCUCACUCUUUUCCUGAACCGUUAUCGAGAGAGUGAGACCGAGCGUUCUUCAAUGCAGAAAGAACCCAUUCUCAGGCGUGGUGUGAUGGACUACGGACCAAUUGGGCUUCCUGGGCCUUAUGGGCCUGCCUAUAACUUAGGUCCCCAACAAGGAUUUUUUGAUCCUACAAUAGGUGGAUACUUUAGAGAUGGGUCGGGUUCAGGUUCGGGCUCUACUGGUGGAUCAUCUUCCCAGGCUAAUCUGCCAGCCUUCGAUCCAUUUUCUCAGUUCAAGUGAUUUUAAGAGAAAUUGAGCAAAUUGUCUUCUCAUUAAAGAGUUUCAAUUUUAACCAUUUGAUUAUUAUGUUUCCUGGAAAUUGCUAAUAGAAAGCUUGGGAGGAAACAGCUGUUAUCCUAUUGAACUUUUUUUGUUAUUAAGUGUUUUGCAAGUAA